AUGGAGAAGCCGAAGAGGAUGGGCAACUUCCUGUUCCAGCCGCAAGCGAAGAAGCAACGAUCUGACCUCCAGCAGUGGAGACUGGAGCGCCAGCAUCGCUUGCCGGCUGCAAUCAGCGCAUUCAACGGAAACGCCGUCACUGUCGUCAAAGGAGAGGAGACUUGCGUGACUGACCAUUCAGAGGUGGUCUCCAGAUUCUUUUCAGAUGUCCAUGCGCCUCUGCUGGACAUCAUCCCCACCGAGGAGCGCAGUCAGCCAGUGGCGGACAAGAAGGUGGGCGUUGUCUUCUGCGGCCGCCAGGCGCCGGGCUGUCAUGACUUCGUGUGCGGCCUGGUGGACAUGAUGCCACCGAACUUCGGGAACAAAGUCUUCGGCUUUGUGGGCGGCACCCAUGGCUUCCUGGACAAGCAGGCCGUCGAGCUCACUCCAGAGAUUUGCGCGGCAUUCCGUGGAACAGGCGGAUUGGACAUGUUGGGAAGAACCGUUGACCGCAUCAACUCCAAGGAUGAGUCCGAGAAGGCAAAGCAGACCUGCCAGGAGUUGGAUUUGGACGGCUUGGUUCUGGUGGGCGGCGCCCGCACCAGCACGGAUGCAGCUUACUUGGCCGAGUACUUCAGGCAGCAGAAGGUGAAGACAGCGGUGGUGGGCGUUCCUUGCGGCAUUGAGGGGAGCAUGAUUAACGAGUUUGUGGAGGCGUCCUUGGGCUUUGACUCCAACGCCAAAGCCAUGGCACAGCUCGUGGGAAACACCGCUAUCGACGGUUCCAGCGCUAGGAAGUAUUAUUACUUCCUGAAGCUGAUGGAUGGUUCUACCACAGGAGGCAAAGUGCCCACCUCGCACGUGGCCCUGGAAGUGGCGCUGGAGACCAAGCCCAACUUGCUGCUGCUCACCGAGGAGGUGGACGAUCACCGCAAUUCUUUGCGUGAGCUCGUGAGCGAUAUCGCAGACGUGAUCGCAGCCCGGGCAGCUGAUGGCAAGAAUUUCGGCACUAUCCUCGUCGCUGAGGGCUUGCUUGCGGCCAUCCCCGAGUUCCGCACCCUGAUCUCGGAGCUGGAGACCUUGCCGAUGCCCAGCACCGUUGAGAAGGUGCUGCCCGAGUUGACCACGUGGUCUGCGGCUUUGUUCAACAGCCUGCCAGAGUUCAUCCAGAAACAGCUCUUGCUGGAGAGGCAGAGCAACGCCGCGCUGCAGCUCUCCCAGCUGGAGACGGAGCGGCUCAUGGCAUGGCUGGUUGAGGACGAGCUCAAGCAGCGCAAGAAGAAGGGCAGCUUCAAAGGCAGCUUCUCGCCGGUGUGCCAGUUCCUGGGCUACCAGGCUCGCUGCUCUAUGCCGUCCGAUUUCGACAGCGACUACGGGUACGCGCUAGGUGGCACUGCAUCCAUCUUGGCUUGCCGGGGCUGCAAUGGCUACAUGGCAGUGGUCGCUGAUCUUGCACAGCCUGUGGAGAGAUGGCAAGUGGGAGGAGUUCCAUUCACUGCUAUGCUGCAGGUACCUCCCACCAUCCCCAAGGAGUCCUUCCGACCGCGGCCCGGGAUCUUCCCGCGCAAGGUGGAUCUGGACGCUGCGGCCUUCAGGUCCUGGAAGGAGGUGCGCGAUGCCUGCGCACGAGAUGAGCUGUACGAGAACCCGGGCCCGAUCCAGCUGUCCGGGCCGAGUGCCGGUAAGGUGACUAAGACCAUCGCCACCCGAUUCUCCUACUUGCACGAGUUGCAAAUGCUGCAGAAGCAUUUGGAGGCGCUGAGCUCCAGAUGUCGACCAGGAUGCGAGCUUCGGCAGGUGAAGGUGGCAUGCCAGUCUUUGGCAACCCUGAAUUCCAUCCUGGAUGAGCUGGCGGAGCAUCCGGCUGCGAGUCCUUUGCUGGAGAGACCCAUGAAGUGA